UAUGACGUGUGCCCUUGACCGCCCAAAAAGCCCGCCAGCAGCGAAAUAUCGCAAGCCGGAUCUCAUUUUGCCAUCAUUGGUCUACAGUUAUCGCACCCCCCUUCACAAGGACAGAGCAGAGGGCUUCAAAAAGCGCUCUCACAAGCCUCACAGAUUGUCUGGACACCAUAGAGGCUGCAGCAGCGCGCAGUCUAUCCUCAUAAACGGCACGGAGUGCUUGAAAGGCUCUCACACUAAGUCAAGAAAACCCAAAAAUGCUGCUCCGCCGGGCCCUCCGCCGAGCCGGAGCCGUCAGACGCUGCCGCGAGAAGUCUAGCUCGCCCAAGGAGGACCCGUUUCACAACCGCGCCACGGCGAUGAACUUCGAGGAGGGGGAGGGCUGGCUCCAGCGCCUCGUGGGCACCACGGGCCGGACGACGACCGAGUUCGAGCGCUACAAGGCCGCCGCGAAAGCUGCAGUCAAGACCGACGCGGGCCUCAAGAGCGGCGACGAGCUCCUCUUUGCGGGCGAGGACGGCGACUGGCUGAAGAAGCUCGAGUCGUCGUCCGAGGCGCGCCAGCCGCGCACGCCCAAGGUCACCAAGACCGCCCGCACGACGCGGCGCCUCGAAGCCAUCUCGAAGUUUUCGCUGACGCCGCGCGAGCUCAAAGCUCGCCUUGACACGUACGUCAUCGGCCAGGACGAGGCGAAGAAGGCGCUCGCGGUCGCGCUGACGGACCACUUCCAGCACGCGCGGCGCGUCCUGGCCGACCCCGCCCAACACCUGGACGAGCCGUACCACAAGCGGAACGUGCUGCUCCUGGGACCGAGCGGCGUGGGCAAGACCGCGUUGCUCCGAGCCGCGCGGUUGGCUGUCGACGCGCCGUUGGUCGCCGCGGAUGCGACGGCGUUCUCGGCCACGGGCUACGUGGGGCGGGACGCGUCCGACGUCGCGGCGCAGCUCGUCACCGCGGCCGACGGGGACAGAGACCUCGCGUCGUUUGGCGUCGUGUGUGUCGACGAAGUCGACAAGCUGCGGUCGCGCAGCGAGGGGAACGAAGUCGGUAAGCUGGACGUCCAGAGCUCACUGCUCAAACUAGUCGAGGACGCCGAGAUCGACCUCGACGAGCGCGGGUCGGGCGGCGCGGCGGACCCAAAGCGCGCGCGACUCCUGAAUCCGGACUCGACCUUCGACAACCUUUUCUCGACGAAGCACGUCCUCUUCGUGUUCUGCGGCGCCUUCACGGAUCUGGCGGAGAACGACCGCGUCACGCCCGACGACCUCGUCGAGGCCGGCCUCAUCCGGGAGCUCGUCGGGCGGCUGCCGGUGCGCGUGCGCCUCGACGCGCUGACCGCGGACGACCUCGCGAGCAUCCUGGCCGCGUCCGGGCCCGCGUCGCCGCUGACGCAGAUUAGGGGCGAGAUGGCGGCCUAUGGAGUCGACGUCGACUUCUCGGACUGCGCGAUCCAGGCGUGGGCGGAGCGUGCCUUUGCCGAACGAACCGGCGCGCGCGGGCUCGCGACGGCGGUCGAGGACACGCUCCGGGGCUUCAAGUACGAGCUCCCGGGAUCGGGCCGAGACUCCCUCCGCGUGACGGCGGACCUCGUCGCCGACCCCCGGGGCGCGCUGGCGCGGCUGCUUUCCUAGAUGUAAAUAUACGGUGU